AUGGCUUCUACUCUCCCCAACACUAUGAAGGCUGUCAUCAUUGAAGGUCGCGGUAAAGCGGCAAUAGCCACAUCGCCCAUUCCUAAGUUACGUGAUGGAUAUAUCCUCGUGAAAACGACUGCCGUCGCUAUCAAUCCUUCUGACUGGAAGCACAUUGACUUCAUGUGGGUGGGUAACCCCACUGGUACGCGACCAGGUCUCGAGUACUCGGGCGUUGUUCUCGAGGUCGGCAAUGGAGUGGAUAAGCACUUCAAAGUUGGCGACAGAGUCUUCGGGAUUGUGAAUGGCUCAAAUGUGAGACAGAAGGAAGAUGGGGCCUUUGCAGAGUAUCUCAUCGCAAAGGCGAGCCUACAGAUGAAGAUACCUGACCAUGUUGAUGACACUGAGGCGGCGGCAAUCACGUCUGGCCUAGUAGCGGUGGGUCAAGGACUCUACCAGUCUCUGGCACUUCCACUUCCCACUAAGCCGUCACCAGAGCCGAUUCCCCUUCUGAUUUACGGCGGAAGCACGGCGUCAGGAAUCAUGGGCAUUCAGUUCGCCAAAAUGUCCAAUUGCACGGUCAUCGUAACCUGUUCGCCCAAGAACUUCGACUACAUGAAGGCCUUGGGAGCUGAUUUCUGCGUUGACUACAAAGCAGAGGACUGUUCAGAGCAAGUCAAGGCUUUCACAAAGGGAAGAUUGAGGCACGCUUGGGAUUGCAUUGCGACAGCCCAGUCUGCACGGAUAUGCGCCGCGGCGAUGUCGAUAAGAGGCGGGCACUACAGCAGCCUCUUGUACUUGGUUCCCUCCAUUGUCAAGAAGAUCAAUCCAAAGAUCGAGUGCUCUACAACCUUGGGUUACACGAUUCUAGGAGAGACGAUAGAGAAGGAGACGGUCAUUGAACCUAGACUUGACGACUACGAGUUUGGGAAGAUGUUCUGGGAUGUGAGUGAGAAGCUACUGCAGGAGGACAAGUUUCGGCCUGCCAGGCAAAUUGUAAAUGAAGGCGGCGAUGGCUUGGAAGGUGUUCUUCAUGGCAUACAGUACCUGAAGCAAGGGAACGUGAGUGCUGCAAAGCUCGUCUACACGAUUGCUUCAUAA